AUGGGCACAAAGUAUUUAGGGGAUUCGAAGGCCAUUGCUCAUGCGAUGUCCGACUUUGACAGCGCCUUCCAUCUUCAAUGUUUAGACUCACUUAUCGCUGCCGCUAAGGCAGCUGUCGGUUUAUCCCUAAUAGUGCUGAAGGAUCGGUGGACCGUCACCAUCAACCAUCUUGGAUUCAUGGUGGAAAUCGAAAAUAAGGGAGAGAUGUGCCAUUCUCCCACAGGCUACACGAUGGAGUCCAUGGUGGGACGUUUGUAG